AUGCAAAAUAUUUAAUCUAGCUUAGAAUUCUUCCCUUAUGAAUUAAUUCCUAAGAUGACUACAAAUAAUAGAUAUUGUCAUGCUAUUGCUAUAAAUCAUAACAAUACGAUUGUAAUGGUAGAGGAUAGAGGCAAUAUAAAAGUAUUUAACUUAAAGAAUGAAUCAUUAAAAUUAAUUCAAAUAAUUUAAUAACUUGGAUUUUCAGUUAGUACUAUUAACUUUUUCAAAUCAUAAUAAUUUUUUGUCUCAUCUUCAUAUAUGGGCGAUAUUAUAUUUCGAUCUUCAAUACUCAAAUCAACUUCAAAAUUUCUAUUGAAAAUAUCAGAAAAUAUUACCUAAAUUAAUUGUUUAUUAAUAAACUCUCCUUAAGAAGAUCUUAUUAUAACUGGAUCCGCUGACCAUGCUAUUAGAUUUUAUUAAUCAAAAUCUAAAUACCCUUUAAGUUGGGUAUGCUCAUAAACUCUAAUUGUGCAUUUAAACUGUGUUUAAGGAUUAUCACUAAAUGAAGAAGGAACAAAAUUAAUCUCCUGUGGAUCUGAUCUAAAAAUAAUAAUUAUGGAAGGUUCAAAUAAACAAAAUUGGAUAGUCAAAUAAAUAAUAUAAACAUCAUGGAAGGGAUUUAGAAUUAAUUUCAUUACUAAUGAUAUAUUCAUCUUUUAACAAGGAUUAAGAAAUGAACUUGAUUUCUACAUGUUCAAUUCUUAAUCAGGUUUAUACUCUCUAGAUAAAAAACUCCAAGUUAAAGGUGGUUAAAAAUCUUGCUAUAACCUAUUCCCAUCAAAAUAUGUCAAAUCAAAAUAGCUCCUUCUUGUAAAAAAUGGAGAAUAUGUGAAUUUUAUUAGAAUCAUAAAUCAACCUUCAUCCAAUUAGGAUUUAGAAUGCACUCUUGUUUAAGCAAUAAAUUUUGACACAGGAUUGACAUUUGGAACUUUAAGUGAUGAUGGAUAAUACUUAAUAACUUGGGAUUAUAAUUCCUAAUAGAUAAAAGUCAGAAAGCCUAAAAGAAUAGUUUGA